AUGGCUAACUUGGCGGCAGCGUUUACCGGCGUUUUUACCAAAGCCAGAGCAGUGGCACUACUGCAAUACACCACAGUUCGCUUCCGGCGAAAACCACGCUGGCUCGGUACAGCCAAAAGCAAACUGUUCCGUGUGCCGGAACGCAAGAAACAGAUCGAGGAAGAGAUUGAAGAGCUAAAACGAUUGCACAAUAAUUAUCGCACGCAGAUGAAGGCGGUCCGCAACUUUCUUCGUGAUGAGGUGGAAGCGUACAAGCUCGUUUCCCGGGCCGGUUUAGUGCUCCAAACACCGGAACAGGAGGAAGCGGAAUGGCAAGAAGCGUUGCGCAGAAACGAAGAGUGGAAUCAACAGACGGCUGCCAAACGCGAAGAACGGCUAGCGGCGGAACGGGCGGCUCGCAAGGAGUACAUAUUGGAAAGGCUAGUUUUGAAAGAGCAACGAGAGGGUGACAAAAAGGAACAAAUUGAAGCGAAGGUACGCGUCGAGAAAGAACAGUCGAAAACGUUUAUCACGCGCGACAACAUCGAUAAGGCAAUCGAGCUGGCACUGGUGCAGCCGACUUCCUUCAACUUUGCCCUAGACCGCGACGGAAAUCUGCAUCGGGCGACCACAGAUGCUGCUCCCAAAGAAAACAAUCCACAAAGCUAGAUAUCCGCGCGUCUAGGAUCAUCGUAUAUUUCAUGUAGAAUUCUUGAAUAAAUAUUCCCAAUCCGGGGACGCAUUCAGCUUUGCGUUGAUAGUGCCGAUGUUAA